AUGUGGUCUUCCAAAGAAGUGCUCUUCAUUUCGAUCGCCACAGGGUUCGUCUUCUGUUUCGCGACAAUAUAUGCGCAGAAUGCAAUGUCAAGAUACGUGAAUCACUGCGUCGCCGAGAAAACGGCAGCAAACCCUUUGAUCGGCAUGGGGCUGGUGUCGAAGCCAUCGCAACAGCAGCGCGUACAGCAAAACGUACUAGUCAGCGAUCAUGCAAGCGUCGCUGACAUCCACAGCCCGCCCCCAGGUUCGGGGGCCCGGUGGACCCCCUUGUCUACGUGA